AUGAGUGUGAGAGUCGUUGCGCGUAUUCGACCUCUUCUGAGGUCGGAAAUUGAAAAGGAUCAGAUUCUGACCAGCCAUGAUGGGCCUGACGGGAAUCCAACCAUUGUCAAGAUACCAAAUCCGAAGAACUUCGCCGAAGAAUACAGCUUCCAAUUCAACAGUGUCUACGAACAGCAGUCGACGCAGCAGGAGCUGUUCGAUCAGGAAGUUGCACCUACGAUUAAGCAUCUCUUCCUCGGCUACGAUGUUACAAUAUUCGCAUAUGGCUCGACUGGUACUGGAAAGACACAUACGAUGCGCGGUGGGAAAUCUCUUGUCGACCGAGGAAUGAUCCCGCGACUGCUCAGCGGCGUGUACAGAAAAAGUCGGGCCAUUGAGAAGAGCACCAACGGCGAGACAACCGUCGCGGUGUGCAUGAGUUAUUACGAGAUUUAUAACGAUCGGGUUUUCGACUUAUUUGACGCUCCUGAGAAGCGAACGCCUACCGGUCUUCCCAUCAGAGAAGCUGAAGGCGGCAAAACUAUUGUUGUGGGAUUGACUGAAGUCCCCUGCGGUUCGCUCAAAGAUUUCGAGGUACUCUACGACAAGGCCAAUGCCAAUAGAAGUACAGGCGCCACAAAGCUCAACGCCCAUUCCUCCCGGUCGCACGCGAUCCUGUGCGUCAAGGUCACCAUCACAAGUCCCACAGAAACGAGAGUCACCACGGCAAGCGCCAUUGACCUUGCUGGAUCCGAAGACAAUCGUCGCACAGGCAACGGUAAGGAUAGGAUGGUGGAGUCGGCUAGCAUCAACAAAUCACUAUUCGUCCUAGCACAAUGUGUUGAGGCUAUCAGCAAGAAGCAGCAGCGCAUACCGUACCGAGAGUCCAAGAUGACGCGGGUACUCUCCCUGGGGCAGAACAACGGCUUCACGAUCAUGAUCUUGAAUCUCGCCCCAGUCAAAUCAUACCACCUCGAUACACUUAGCUCUCUGAACUUCGCCAACCGAACGAAGAAGAUUGAGGUCCGAGAAGUAGAGAACGAGCCUAUGUUCAAGGGACCUCCACGGCAGGUACCAGGAGCAGCCUUGGGCGGACCUACCAUGCAACGCCAACCGCUGCGGCCACUUGCAAACAGUAUAAACGUCAACCUCGCUGCCACCCGCGAUGCUGCAACCAAGAACGACAAACCGCCAAAGGCUUUCGCUGUCUACUCGGAUCGCACCAAACCUGUGCACACGAAGGCCAUCCCCCGAAAAUCAUCACCACUAAAGCGCAAUGCAGAUACGUCCUUGAUCGGCUCGAGUCGGCCAAGCAAGGUCGCCCGCCCCACACCGAGCUUCAUUCGUCGCGGACCAGAACCAGUGGCCAUCACAAAGGCCUCAAUCGAAUCGCUUGUCGAGCAGAAAGUGUCCGAGAUCCUUGCCGCCAGAGCAUUGAACGCGCCAGAUAUAGCGCCAACCAAGACCAUCUCGGAAGAGGUUCAGCGGCGUCUGGACACUAUUGAGAAGAGACUCGAAGGUCAAGAUGGCGAGCGUGCAGAGGGGUUGAGCUAUUUGUUAAUGGCGAAGCAGCAUCAAGCACGGGGUGAGGACAGCAGUGCGCUAAAAAUGUAUCAGCUCGCGCAGCCUUUCUUCCCCGAGAACGAAAAGCUGGUCGGCAAGAUCGAGAAGCUGCGAGAGAAGAUUGCCAGAAGAAAGGAGGAGGACGCACCUCCCAGUGCAGACGUCUCUAACGAUCGCAACCAUGUGGUCGAGGAGGUCGACGCCAGCUACCACGAAGACGAGCCAUCUGCAUACCACGAGAGCGAAGAUGACGAGGCAUCUAAUCGAGUCCGACCUAAGAAAUCAAGGCAGAGGCGGAAAGCGAGAGUCUCUUCACCUGAUCCAUUGACACAACAGGAUGCGGAAUCUGGUGCCGUGACGCCUCGGACACGGCACCUGCUCGACAUAGUCAACACGCGCGACGUGAGCAAGAUCAUGACUUUGAGUGGCUUGGGCACGAAGAAAGCCGAGAACAUCGUCGAGUUUCUCAGCGAUGACGGUGCAGAAGGCGCGGUAUCACUGACGUCCUGGGCUGAUUUGACGAGGCUGAGAGGCGUGGGAAAGAAGACGCUUGAGACGAUGCGCGAAGGUGUGGUUGUUUAA